AUCGAUCCGAUCGAGCCCGGCUUAACCCAAACCGCAUGGAGUGCUAGUGCAGACCGAAGCGGGGUUGUCGAUCACGAUCAGGUGCAGUUUCCCAGGUUAUUUUCUCUUUUGCCAUCAUCUUUCACUUUGAAUUCACUUGUGAGACAGCUAGUUGACAAUGCCUUCCUACAAGCUAAGUUACUUCAAUGUCCGUUAUUGCCCGGAAAUCACCAGAUUGCUGUUUGUUUCUUCUGGAAUCGAAUUUGAAGACAACCGACUUGAGGGAGAUGAAUUUGGCCAGCUGAAAGCAAGUGGCAAGUUGCCUCUUGGUCAAGUGCCAAUCCUUGAAGUUGAUGGUCGUCUGAUGAUCCAGAGUCGAGCUAUCCAGAGAUAUGUGGCAAGGGAAGUUGGCAUGUAUGGCAGUAACAACCUGGAAUGUUCAAUCAUUGAUGAAGUGACGGAAACUUUUGAUGAGCUCCUUGCCGAUGCUGCACCAUGGCUGUAUCGAGAGAAGGACCCAGAGAAGAAGGCUCAACUCGAAAAGGAAUACUUGGAGGAGAAGGGACCCCGAAGACUCAACUACCUUGAGAAGAAACUUGAGUCCAGCGGAACAGGAUUUUUUGUUGGAUCAAAGAUGACCCUUGCUGACCUCGCUGUAUUCAACAUUUUGGACAUCCUGAAUGACAGGAUGCCUGCGGUCAUCGCAAACUACCCGGCCCUUUUGGCGCUCAAGGCCAAGGUCGAAUCUGACGAGAAGAUCGCUAAAUACCUCUCAGCAAGACCAAAGACCUCCAUGUAAAGUGCUAAAAUACAUCAAACACAACAGAGUCAGAAAUCUUGGUGCGCAGAGAAGUUGUUGCAAACUUAAUGACAAGGAACCACCAGCUACAUUGGACAGGCCAUUCUUUUCAGUAUGGUGCUUUUAUAUUCAUACAUCUCUAUGAAAUACCUUCAUGAAAAUAAGUACAAUCACCUGUUAAAAUAUCAUUGCAUUUAAAAUGCAGUUGUCAUACCCAACUUAACAGAUAAUACAUCCAGUUUUCAUGUCAAAUAUUUGAAUACAGAUAUUGUAACACGACAGUGAAACAGUAUGCAUUGACGCUCUGUACAAAGAUGAAUGAGGCUUUACUGUGUAGUGUGUUUGUGAUACAUGUAUAUUUGGUUGAUUCUGAAACUUAAAACAUUCUAUUAUUCUGUACUAUUAUCAUGUACUUUUACGUGAUUUAGAACCUUUUUUUAAAAAAAAUCAUAGAAAUUAUAUCUCUGAAAGAGAACUGUGUGUACUGCAAAUCCUUACCUCUUUGCUUUCAAAGCAAUAAGAUGAUUUUCUCAAAGAAAAAUGACAGUUCUAUUUUUAAAGGUUUACCAAAUGAAUUUGUUUGUUUACCACUGUUAUUAAUUGCAUAUUUUUUAUGAUACAAUUGUGUUAUAAGGAACAUUUUAGAUAAUUUAGUCUGAUUAUUAAAAGUUGUUUGGUAUAUCACUUUGUGUGAUAUUGACAUUUGAGUGAUUGAUUCAUAUUACUGUCAUCAUCAAGUCCAUAGAAAAAGGGACCAUUUUCAUUUAGCAGCUAUGCUGCGUGCAGCUGACCCUUUAUUAAUUUUUUCUUAUGGAAAUAAGAGGGUUGUGAACGGAAGAAGAGAACCAAGAUGGGAUACAUCAUGUAAAAUAAGACCAAAAUUGGCUAGAAAUUUUGUGAAAACUUCAAUUUGAAUCUGAAAAGUGCCUUACUGUGAAAUGAGUAAAUUGGAUAUUCUGCUGCUAGUCCUGGGUUAAUAUGGAGCAUCUGGCAGUCCGGAAGUUUUAGAGUUGGUCUGGAUCAUUUAUUCAUAAUCUCCUGCAUUCAGUAUGAUAUAGAUCAUUUCUGGUUAAAAAUUACUCUUUGAAGCAAGGUGAUUCACAUGCAUCAUAAAAACAAAUAGCUAGUAUUUUGCUCUCUAGUUUUUCCUGCAUUCAAUGUGAUAUGGAUCAUUUGCUGUUGAAAAUUACAAAGGGAAGCAAUAUAAAUGGUAGGCAUCAUUAAAGUAAAUAGCUUGUAUUUUGCUCUCAAAUUCUUAUAUAGUUAGCAUUGUCUUUAAAAUAGAUAUUCUCUUACAUACACAAAAUAAACGAUCUGACUCUGAAGGUUUUCUUAACACUGCCCAUUAAUCAACCUUGUAUAUCUAAAGUAUUAAACUAGCAUCAGGACAAUUUGAUACCUCUACA